AUGAAGUUUAAAAGUUGGCAUUCAUUCGCUUUAUUCUGUGUGGCUCUCCUUAUUUCUGAAAUUAUGUGCCCUUACACAAAAGUGGAGGAGAGUUUUGGCAUGCAGGCGAUGCACGACUUUCUUUUUUGUAGUUCGACUGCCUGUGGGGAUCAUAUUAGUUUUCCAGGUGUUGUGCCACGGAGUUUCUUUGGACCAUGGUUAACUGUUGUUUUUGCACUUCUACCGUUUGCACUGAUCGUUAAACCGAUUACUGAUGUACUUUUGCCAUGGUUUUUGCAAAAUGUCAUUAAGUCUAAUAGUUUGAUUGGAAGUUUGGCGUUGGAAGUUUUUGUGGUAGAAUACCCCAUGUUAUUCUCACAUUUAUGUAGGCUUGUUCUUGGAGGUUUGGUUUGUAGUGCCUUGUGGUAUGUUGGGAUCAGCAUUGACAUGAAUGAGAGAAUGUUUACAAAUCCCACAGGACGUAAAGAGAAACGUGGAGGAUAUUUACCUUCCUUCCUUUUUUUCCUUUUGUGUACUUCACAAUUCCAUUUGGUCUUUUAUGCAACUCGUCCACUACCCAAUACGUAUGGUCUUAUCCUUUGUACCUUUGCUUGUGGAUCUGCGUUACGCAAACAUUAUUAUCGCUCUAUUGCACUUCUUUCUUUUGCAAGUGCAGUGUUUCGUUGUGAUGUUAUUGUGCUUUUGGCACCAUUUGCACUUUUUCUCCUUAUUCGACGUGAUAUUACUUUACUUCGUGGUAUGAUGGUUGGUCUGAGCUCUGUGGCUGUUUCGUUAUUGUGUAGUGUAGGCAUGGAUAGUUUUCUAUGGGGACGUUGGUUGUGGCCAGAGAGUAUUGUGCUGUUUUUUAACACAGCGGAGAAUCAAUCAUGGCGUUGGGGACGAUCACCAGCACAUUGGUACAUUUCAUACGCACUUCCACGUGCUUUUCUCUUUUCUUUUCCAUUACUUUUAUUAUUGAUGUGUUUGGCAUGGUGUCCUAUACAAUACUGGCAAAGAGGGCGCACUGCAGUUCAGGUACUAUCUACAAGAGUUCCUUCUCUUGCGGUUUGGAUAGAUGUAAGUGCACGAUAUCGCGUAGUGUUAAUACCGGCAUCUAUAUUUAUUGCCCUUUACAGUGCCCUUCCACAUAAAGAGUUACGAUUUAUUAUGAUUGUAUUUCCAUGGUUUUUGGCACCACUGGCAUCCGCUAUUGCAGCAACAUGGAAUACGUAUACAUUUGAUCCCAGUAACGGAGCAAUAGCUCAAACGUCUUUUAAAAACAGGCAGAUAAAGGAAACUGUAGGAGAAACAAAUUCUAAACUCCCCCAAAAUAGCAAAAAAACAAAGUCUGAACUUCCUAAAAAUAACCAUUAUGGUGGAAAAAAACUAUACUUUGUUUUGCUCUUUCUAAUCUUCUAUUUACUACAACUUGUAACAGUGGGAGUAUCUCUGUAUUUAAGUGUACAUAAUUAUCCUGGUGCCCAAGGACUGCAGCGUUUACACAAGGAAAUUGAAGCUGAUAUUCAAAACGUUUCUUCUUGUUUACAUAAGCGACAAUUGAAAGAAUCUGAGAAGGAUACCCCCAUUACAGUGUUCAUUGAUGCCUAUGCGGCAAUGACUGGUGUCAAUCGAUUCCAAAAAAAGAAUUAUCUACAUUAUUUAUCAAAUGUGAAUGCUAAUAAUAGGGAUAGGGGUGUUUACUAUUCACUUCAACAUCGACUUAUUGCCCUUUUAGCUUUGCCAUUUGUAGCGACACGUCGAAUUUUGACCAACAAAGAUCUUGCAACUGACCGUUGGUCGGAAUACAUCUUAUCUGAUGUAUUUGGAAAAGAACCAGACGGUGUAGAAAUGAUGAACCUCACAGAGGUUAGAGCACAGAAUUAUAAUGAUUUAUUAGGUAAAAUAAAUGUACGUUAUAUCAAAGACCCCACACGUUUUGAUGAAGAACAUGAUAUCUACAAUAGUGAAGGUUUGGAUUAUCUACUAGUGCGGUAUUCGCAGCGGGAACUACAUCGUCAACAUGGCGAGUUUGAAGAGAUUUUUACCACAAAUACAACUGACUUUAAUAAACUGGCAAAACGAUGGUUGAGUAAAUUAUUUCCAUGGAGAAAGCCCAUCACUAACGUCAGUGAUGGGGAAGGAGAGGGGUUUCUUUUAGGAAUGCGACGGCGAUGCCUGUAA